AUGUCGUCGUUUGCCAAACCUAAGCCAACCAUUGUCUUGGUACCGGGGUGCUGGCAUAUUCCCGCCCAUUAUCAAGAACUUAUUGAUCUUUUGCAAAAUGCUGGCCAUCCCAUCGAAUUUGCCAAUCUACCUAGUCUGAACCCGAGUGAUGCUCCCCGCCAGACUGUCACCGCGGAUAUCGACGCUGUUCGGCAGAAGAUACUUUCCCAGGUUAAUAAGGGCAAGGAUGUUAUCCUUCUGAGUCACUCGUACGGAGGAUGUCCCGGCGGAGCCGCUGCUAAGGGACUCAGUCCAGCAGAGCGGCCGGAUUCAGGUGCAGUUAUUGGGCUGGUGUGGUUUGCUGGCUACCUGGGCGAGGGGCGUAUGGGUGUUAAAGACCCGGUAGAUGUAUUCUACCACGAUGUCCCAACAGAGAAGGCGUCAUGGGCCGCGUCCAAACUCCAAACUCAUGCAUUAGCGCCUCUGAUUAGUCCAUGUCCGUCGCCUGCCUGGAAAGAUACAGCAUUUGAUGGCCGCCGCGGCUAUAUUUUUGCACGUCAAGAUCAUGCCAUGCCGCUAUACUUCCAGGAAAGGAUGGUGAGGGACAGUGGAGUAAAUUGGAAUCUGAAAGAGUUGGAGGCCAGCCAUAGCCCUCACCUAAGCAAACCCCAGGAGCUGACGGGACAUAUUCUCGAGAUAAUCUCUUCCUUUGAGGCGCGACCUUGA